AUGGCGUCCUCCAAAGCAUCGCUUCUUCUGCGGUUCAGAGAACCAGACGCGGCCGACGACUUUGCUAACGAUUUCGGGAACGACUUGGCCCAGCUCCAGGUGAGCCAGUGGUCGCCAAAGACCGCCAGCCAGGGCAGCUCUUUAAGUGGGAGCUCUCAGGGCGGUAAUUCAAGACAUAGCGAUUCGUCGGGAUCGCGUCUUGGGCGGUUUCUGGGCCAUGGGGAGCUGAAAACGAAGGGUACUGGGCUGCUGAAGGAUGAACAGAGAUCACCGUUUUUGAAGAACCUUCCGUCGGUGGAAGUUAGUCCGUUUGAAAGAACAUCGCCUUCAAAGGGUAUGGCGCUGAUUCCUGAAACACCUAAUAGUGAAUCUGCAUUCUUUGGUGCAAAGUUACCCCAGACUCCAUUAGAAGAUGUCCAGGAACCGUUUCAAAAGCAUGGCCGUAAGACAUCUGUAAAGCUUUCGCUUACACCGGCUCAGCGGGUCGGCAAAACGCCAGGUCUACGAACAAGUAACGCUUUGGAUAACUUUAAGUUCUACGAAAAGGUCGGUAGAGGUGCCCAUGCUGAUGUAUACAGAGGAAGAAACCUUCGAACGAACCAGAUAGUGGCGAUCAAGCAGAUUCCGUUGGAGAAGGAUCACGAUCUUCGAGCUUUGAUGGGCGAAAUCGACCUCUUGAAGAUCUUGAAACACGAGAAUAUCGUCAAGUACCAUGGGUUCGUGAAGACUCUGAAUUCGCUUAAUGUCUUCUUGGAAUACUGCGCUGGCGGGUCUUUACGACAACUAUAUAAAAGGCUAGGCCACGGGUUUCUGGAACCCCAGCUUGUUCUGUACGUUAAACCCAUUCUUCAUGGUCUCGGGUACCUCCACGAGCAAGGUGUGGUGCAUCGAGAUGUUAAAGCAGCCAAUGUUCUUUUGACUGAGUCUGGCGAAGUCAAACUAGCUGAUUUCGGUGUGGCUACAAAGGUUGCAACGCUGCAUAAUACCGUGGUGGGAACACCUAAUUGGAUGGCUCCUGAAACUGUUUUAGGUGGUGAAGGUAUCUGUACAGCUUCCGACGUCUGGUCUCUUGGAGCGACUAUAAUUGAGCUCUUCACUACGAACCCGCCAUACCACGAGUUGAAUCCUAUGGCCACUUUGCAUGCGAUUGGUACUGAUGACCAUCCACCUCUUCCUUCUGGUCUUACACCACUAGCGAAAGAUUUCCUUUUGGAGUGCUUUCAGAAGCAGCCUACCCUAAGAGUUUCUUCUAAAAACCUUCUACGCCAUCGUUGGAUGUGUGAUACAGACCUGGUUAGCGGUACAAAAUGGGACCUUGGCUCACGUCUGUCAAAUGAGGUUUCGAAACGUGAAGAUCUAGAGGCAUCUACGCCUUCAAAGGCAUCUGCCAUUGUCACAAGUCCAUUAAAGGAGAGAUACACGAGGAACGAACUUCUUAGUAAGUUUAAAGAAGGCGAUGAUGAAGUUGACUUCCUCAAAUCUUCCACCAACGGCUCCUUGAGCUUGAAGUUACACGCCAAGGAUGAUGAAGAUAACGAGAAAGAUCCGUCUGAAGAGAGUGAUCCGUUCUUGGAGCUUCUAGUGGAUAACUUCGAUACAAACGAACUUGAAGUACAAAGUAAGAUGGAGCUUCUUUGUCUGAAACUCAUAUCGCGUGUUGAUAAUUGCCACUUUGGGCAUGAGGAAACCACCAAGUCGCUUCUCAAAAUCACCGGCCGCAUGCUCCAGCUUGUCAAGAAGUAUAACAUUCUGCAUGAGACACUUAUACGGAACCACGGCAUUUUAACUCUCCUAGAGCUUCUUGAGAACGCUCCAGAAAUGCAUGAUCUGAGUCGACUCUGGUACCAUGUUCUCGCUACAUUAAACUAUACCUUUGAGAAUAAUCUGGCCCAGCUCGAGAACUUUGCCCUCUUGGGAGGUAUACCCAUGAUGACCCAGUUUUCCAAGCUCUCAUAUGGUCUUCAACCAAGACUCCAAGUUGUCAGGUUCAUUAAAAUCAUCCGCAAGUCAGACCGUGCUUUGACCAUGUUUGUUUCAUCAGGAGGACUCCGAAUCCUUUCACGGUUCUUGGAAGAAGAUUUCGACCAGGCUCCAGACUUCCCUCUCGUUUCCAUCCAUUGCAUUCACGAAAUCCUUUCUAAAGGAAUUACUCGUUUUAAAUCAGAUAUGUGCCGAAUUCUAUCCAAGUACGGUGUUGUGUUCUGGUUUGUUGUUCUUCUCAACAGACUCACCAAGUACACGAAACUGCCUGAAAACCUCGUCCCUGAAGAAUACGUCGACUUGACAAUUGACAAAAUCCUCGAUGUUCUCAAGUACUUUGGCCAGGCCGAACCAAGGGUCAGAAUCAAUAUCGUCAGCACAGAUUUGGUCAAGCUUCUCAUCAAGGUGUACCCUUCGUUAAACCUCCAACGCCAGAUGGUGAUCUUAAAGUUUUUCCGUUCCAUAAGUUGCAUUUCAGAGCUCCUUCGUUUAUUACAUUCAGCAGAUAUCUUGGAGUUCUUCGUUUCCAUUUUGCAUGAGCAUCCAGCUUACAGUGCUCACUAUAAAGAGGUGCUCAACAUCGUCUGUCCAUCCAUAUACAACUGUUGCUACUUGAACCACAACAAGGAACUCGAACUCGUGAAGCUAGGAGCGAUCCCAAUCUUCAAAGAGCUUUCAAAAAUCAACCUUCCUUUCCGCCAGUUCGUGUUGCCUAUAUUAUGUGAGUUUGUCUACUGCGAGAACUACGUGCGCCAGAUGCUUAUCCGGUUCAAUAUCGUCAAUGUCUACCUCAAUCUCUUGUUAGACCCAUACUGGCACUCCAACGCCAUGGACUCCAUUCUCCACUGGUCUUCCCAAGAACUAAACUUCAAGUGGUUGGAUGAGCCUCAUGCUCGCGAGUGUCUUUUAAGUGGAUUCAUGCUUGCCCAAGUAUCCAACCUUGAAGCUGCACUCAACAACUAUCUCCAACUCGUCAGUUCCAGUAACCAGGUCCUUCUUUUGAUGACGCGUGAUUCCAUCGUUUCCCAGAUUCUUACCAAACUCACCGUCUAUAAUAGAAACCCAGUGGUGAAGUUAUCACUCCUCAGAAUCCUCCACCACAUCGUUUUGAACUCAACCAAACACGGCGGUUUAACCACAACCGAGUCUAUAAAACCAACCCUUGCCACCGUCACCGCCAAAGAAUCCUCCGUUUUGAUUGGAGAGUUGGUUGCAAAAAUCAUGGCCUUGCUUGAACAGCCGGUACUGCAGAUGUCUCAGCUUGACGCAUACAUUCUAGAUAAUGAGCUUUUCAGUUUACUCAAGCAGCAGCUCUCUGAUGUUUUUGCGCUACAUAGUAACAAACCUUGGUCAUAUAGCCAGAAUCCCGAGAUCUGGUCGUUGGGGUUGAAUCUUCUUAUUUUCAAGCUUACCACGUUGAAGUCGGGCUCGUCUUAUGGUCUCAAGCUUCAGAACUUGAAACUUACGAACUCAAGAACAGGAAAAAUCAUUGGUAGCCAUGCACGCUACCUACUUCUUGCAGUAAUCAUUGGUGAUUUCUUAUUCAAGAAGUUUGAGUCGUACCUUUAUUCUGUCGACGAACAGGUCCGUCUGUCGAGAGAAACCAUCAUUGAAAAGGCCAAGGCGUUUUUUAUCAAGCACAAGUCACUCAUUCUCGGAAAGAUCAACGACGGCGUGAAACUUCUAAACUUGGCUAACUUUGUGUUGUUUUUGGUCCAGGGAAGGUUUCCUACUUUGAUUCAUAGGGUGUUGGGUAUUUCGCUUACGCCGGUGGUGGCAGACUUGUUGAAGUUCAACGGUGAUAACGUCAACUUCGAGUUCCAGAACCGCCAGUUGGUAUGGAACGUCAUGACUGAGUUCUUGGUAUUCACGCUUCCUUUACUCCAGCUCAGAAAAUGGAGCCGAAUGCUCAGCAAGAUCAUUCCGUUGGGCAAGAACAAGAAUGCUGCUCCUCUCGUUACCGAUAAACCAGUGGAAACGAAGUAUUCAAAGCUUCCAAGGUCCCAAUGUGCUAUUUGCAUAGAGUUUGCUCAAGCCAGUGGUAUCAAGGCUGCAUCUACAUACGUGACGAACGCCUGCAUUACGAAUUGUGGUCAUAUCUAUUGCUAUGUGUGUUUGGCUGCUCGUUUUAAUGCUAUUGAAAACGGUAGCGAGGAAGCAGAGGGAUGCCCAAGAUGCAGAAUGAAACUCACCUCAUUUAGACUUUACGGAUCAGAAAGUCAGGAUGUGGAUGAAGAUGCAAUUGUCGUUCCUUAUGAAGAUAACGAGGAUGAAGAUGAUGAUGAGGAUGAGCAGGAGGGACCAGUCCAGGAAGAAAAGGUCACGAGGCAGGAAUCCAACGACCUUGAAGAAGAUGAUGAAUCGUCACUGGAUAGCGACGGCAGCGGCAUUGAAUUCAGCGAUAAUGAAGACCUCGCAGGGGAUGUCGAAGACUAUGAAGACGACAUGGAUGACGACCUAGAUGAUGCAAUGUUCCAAUAA